AUGCUGCGAACACUGCUGUCGACUCUGAGCGCCGCACUCGCGUUCUCGGCGCCCCUCGUCGCCGCCCAGGACAUCACAUCGAACGCGACCUCGCUCACCGGCACUUGGUCCAGCGGGAGCGGCGCGGUCGUAACGGGACCUAGCUUCGCCGACCCGAUGAACAACGACCGGCCGUUCAUCUACCCCUCGAACACGGGCAUCUCGUACUCGUUCACCGACGACGGCUACUUCGAGAUGGCCCAGUACCGCUUCAACGCCAACGCCUCGCGACCGGAUUGCCCGACCGCGGUCGUCUUGUGGCAGCACGGCACCUACGCCCUCCACCCGAACAACUCACUCACGAUGGACCCCUCUCCCUUCGCGAUGGACGGCCGCGUCCAGACACAAAACCCCUGCAGCCCGACUACGAACGUCCUGACCGAAUUCGCCCAAUUCGAGGUGUGGAACUCGUGGAAGAUCGGGAUUGAUACGAACCAUGCGGCGUAUGCGUUGCAGGCUGUCGACGUCAAUGGGAAGAAGCCGAGGAUGUUCCUCACCGUCCGCCCUCCGACAAUGCUGCCGACUGCGAGUCUGACGGGAAUCUUCAACGGCUCGAUUCCCCUGUCGCCGUGA